CCGCGCCCCGCCCGGGGUCUCCGCGCCGCCGUCGCCGCUUCCCGGGCCUCGCUGCUCAGCUCGCCGCCGCCUCGGGGCUGCCGGCGCCUCCUCCGCUGGCGGCGGGGCCCGGGCGCCGCGCCUGGGUGUGAGCAACAGGCGGUAGCCGGCGGAGCUGUGGGUGCCGGUGACCGAGCGCAGCCAGUUAACGAAAGACUCGGGGUGGCGAGCGAGACAGCAGCCGCCCGGGGCCGGGCAUGUGCGGCGGGGCGGCGGGCAGGGCGCCCGGGCAAGGGCGUUUGAAGGAAACGUGAGGCAGCGGCAUGGAGGAGGCAUCGGGCCGGAGCCCCGAACCUCGGGAGAAGCCGCCGGUGCUGGAUGGGGAGGCGGCGGGGGCACCGGCGGGCGCGGCCCCAGCGUCGGCGGUAGCGACGGAGCAGAUCGUAGCGGAGGGCGAGACGGCGGCGACGGGGACGUUCGUGCAGCGGCAGCUCGGGGCCAUGCUGCAGCCCGCCGUGAACAAGUUCUCGCUGCGCAUGUUCGGCAGCCACCGGGCCGUGGAGAUCGAGCGGCAGCGGGUGAAGUCGGCCGGUGCCUGGAUCAUCCACCCCUACAGCGACUUCAGGUUUUACUGGGACCUCAUCAUGCUGCUCCUGAUGGUGGGGAAUUUGAUCAUCUUACCCGUGGGCAUCACCUUCUUCAAGGAUGAGAAUACCCCUCCUUGGAUCGUUUUCAACGUGCUUUCGGAUACUUUCUUCCUGGCUGACCUGGUGCUGAACUUCCGGACAGGCAUUGUGGUGGAGGACAACACGGAGAUCAUCCUUGACCCUCACACCAUCAAAAUGAAGUACUUGAAGAGCUGGUUCCUGGUUGACUUCAUCUCCUCCAUCCCAGUUGACUACAUCUUCCUCAUUGUUGACUUGGAGACCCAGGUGGAUUCUGAUGUCUACAAGACAGCCCGGGCCUUGCGCAUCGUCCGCUUCACCAAGAUUCUCAGCCUCCUGCGCCUGCUGCGCCUCUCGCGCCUCAUCCGCUACAUCCACCAGUGGGAGGAGAUCUUUCAUAUGACGUAUGACCUGGCCAGUGCUGUGGUGAGGAUCUUCAACCUUAUUGGCAUGAUGCUGCUGCUGUGUCACUGGGAUGGCUGCCUCCAGUUCCUGGUGCCCAUGCUGCAGGAUUUCCCUGAGGACUGCUGGGUGUCCAUCAACCACAUGGUGAACGACUCCUGGGGGAAGCAGUACUCGCACGCCCUGUUCAAGGCCAUGAGCCACAUGCUGUGCAUCGGCUACGGCCAGCAGGCACCUGAGGGCAUGACCGACGUCUGGCUCACGAUGCUGAGCAUGAUUGUGGGGGCCACCUGCUAUGCCAUGUUCAUCGGCCACGCCACUGCCCUCAUCCAGUCCCUGGACUCGUCCCGGCGCCAGUACCAGGAGAAGUACAAGCAAGUGGAGCAGUACAUGUCAUUCCACAAGCUGCCCGGGGACACGCGCCAGCGCAUCCAUGAGUACUACGAGCAUCGCUACCAGGGCAAGAUGUUUGAUGAGGAGAACAUCCUAGGGGAGCUCAGUGAGCCGCUCAAAGAGGAGAUCAUCAACUUCAACUGCCGCAACCUGGUGGCCAAUAUGCCCCUGUUUGCCAACGCAGACCCCAACUUUGUGACGGCCAUGCUGACCAAGCUGCGCUUUGAGGUCUUCCAGCCUGGGGACUUCAUCAUUCGUGAAGGCACUGUGGGCAAAAAGAUGUACUUCAUCCAGCACGGGGUGGUCAGCAUCCUCACCAAGGGCAACAAGGAGACAAAGCUGUCUGAUGGCUCCUACUUUGGGGAAAUCUGCCUGCUGACACGGGGCAGGCGGACGGCCAGUGUGCGAGCUGACACCUACUGCCGGCUCUACUCCUUGUCAGUGGACAACUUCAACGAGGUGCUGGAGGAAUAUCCCAUGAUGCGCAGAGCCUUCGAGACGGUGGCCAUGGACCGGCUGGACCGCAUAGGGAAGAAGAAUUCCAUCCUGCUCCGCAAGCGAGCCGAGCACAGCACAGGGCCCAUGAACAAUGAGAUCAUCCAGCAGAUUGUGAAGCAUGACCAGGACAUGGCCCACAACAUCCAGGACCUGCAGCAGAUGGCGAUGGGCCGGGAGCUGAGUGGCAAACCAGUGAUCUGGGAGCCACUGGUGCACGCGCCGCUGCAAACGGCUGCUGCCACCACUAACGUGGCCAUCGCCUUGACUCACCAGCACAGCCUGCAGGCUCACAUCUUCCUGCCACCGUCCUCCAUCUCCAGCCCGCUGUCUCCUGAGGCCACUCUGCUCACCAAGCCGGUGCGUCGGUCCCAGCCCAGCCUGGGGGGCUCCCGACCCUCCUCCGUCAGCUCCCCAUCAGGGGCACAGUCCCAUUUCCAGACGCCAGCUGCCGGUUCGCCUUCCUCACCCAUGGUCCAGUCCCAGGCACCCCUGGAGAGCGGCGGCCAGAGACCAAGCCACGCAGCGCAGCCUCUGCCGCGCGCGGCACAGAAGGGUGAGCAGCCGGCAGCGGCCAAGCAGCCCCCGGCUGGCUCCCAGCCCCAACUAUCCAAGUCCAGGGGCACCUCAGUUUCCACCUCGCUGCUGCAACAGGCGGCAGGGGCUCCGUCCCCUAGUUCGGAGCAGGUGCUGCCAGCAGGGAGAACGCUCCACUACAGCCUGUCCCGAGCCACGGGCUCCCACAUCUCUCUUCUAAUGCAGCCCCAGCAGCUGGUGAAGCAUAGGAGCAUCCAGGGCUUGCCUGUGGGGCAGCUCACCCAGGACAUCCGGCUUCUUUCCGCUUCCCAGCCCUCCCUUCCCAAUAAAGUGGCCCAGCAAACCGACGGGAGCUCCUUGCAGCAGGGUAGGAAAUCUGCAGGGAACUUGGCCCGCAGAUCCUCUCCCUCGGUAGCCGGGCUCCUCGCCAAGCCAUGUCCGGGGAUCCCAGGCCAGCCAGCACACCCGCAGCAGAUGCCUUCAGCAUCACUGGCUCAACCCAGUCGCUCUGUGGUGGGAGCAUCCACCCCGCAGUCCCCGGUCUCCGUGUCCAGGCAGGCAGCAGGUCCCUCCCGCAAGGGCUCCGUGGCCUUCGGCCCCGAGGUGGAAACGGGGAAGCCCAAACUCCCAUCCAACAUGUGAGGGCCAACGGCAUCCGUGCACAGGCAAAGAGGGAUCCGGGCACCCCAGCGGCACCCGUGGCAGGAGAGGCAGAGCGCCUGGUGAAGGCUCCCAGCCCCGGCUGCAUCACAGGGAAGGUGAGGUGAGAGCCCAGAGACGUGGACUGGCCACUCCGGGCAUGGGGACACAGCAGGGAUGAGUGUGGGGCAGCCCCAGAGCUGGUUGGCUGCAUGAGGAGGGGGCUCUGCCAACUGCCUCGAGGCAGGGACCCUGCCUGGGGUCUCCCCUUUUUUCUCCAUCACCAUCUCUCCUGAGCCCUCGCGCUCCUCUUGGAGACCACAGGGUGGGUCAGAGCCCUUGCCCAAACCCCAGCAUCCCUGGGGAACCUGGCUCCCCACAAUUUCUCUUCGGGGGCCAGGACCCCUGUGCUCUUGCUCUCGCGCUCUGUGGCCCCUCCUUGGGGCCAGGCUGGUGCCAGCAGCUCCGGCAGUGGCUGUUCCAUGCUCUCCCCAGAAAGCUCUGCCCAGCUCCUCUACUUCUUGGGAGUGGAAGGAGAGGCAGCCACCUUGGACCCACACCCGAGGGCAGAGCAAGGGGGCUGGAGCCCACAGCGGGGUCUCCCUAGGCAGGUGGAGUGCGGGUGUCCUUCAGAGCACGUUGCCGGGACCUGGGGAUCCAGGGCAGGGAGACACAGUAUGACUAGCGCCAAGCGGUGAAGUUGGGGGCAGAUGGGUCUCCCACAGGGCAGCCUCCGGGUGCCUCUCCCCAGCUUCGGGGCGCAUCCUGCCUCAGGUGCUGGGCCCCCCAUGGGGUUGGGAUGUGCCUUUGGGCAUGGAUCUCUCCCCGCACCCAAGUGUCCUGGACACUCGCCAUGCUUUGGCAUUCUCCGGGGAUGCCGCGGCUCCCGGGAGGAUGCUCAGCUCUGCUCCCUGCGCUGGGGUCCCAUUUCCAGACUGCCUGGAGAUGCUGGUCACCAGUGAGUGAAAAGGUGUCCUGAAGCAAUGCCAACCCCGGGUAGCACCUGGGUGACGUGUGGGGCUAUGGGGCUGCGUCCCCUCACCCUCUGGGGUCUGCGGGCGGGCAGGGGGCCCUGUGGCCGCCUCUCCAGAGCCAGUAGUCAGCAAUGUGUGUUCGAGUCAUGGCUCUGCCGAGCAGCUGAGCUCUGCUUCCAGUGUCGCUUUGGCCCAACCGUGUUACCAGUCCUGGUUAGAGUAGUGUCCCCUCCCGACCCUGCCGCGCUGCGCAAGCUGCAUCCUACUACUGGAGUCAGGAACUAUGGCUUGUAGUUGUGCUCUGGGGCUUGGCCGCCUCCACGCAGGGCCCACCAGACUCACCGUGAAGCAGAUGAGGGUCUUGUCUUUCUCCAAGUGAGGUCUUCAGUUCUACCCCAUCAUUGUUUUGGGAUGUCAGGACCAAUCCAGACCACAGGGCUCCUCCGGGGAGCCCAGCCUGCGGGGCUCAGCAGUCUGUCAGGAACUCCAUCAGAGUGUCCAGCAGAGGGGAUGUCCAACACUGCCUUUUUUUUCAUGGACUUCAACUCCCCUUCCCCUCCCAGCCCUGCAUCCCGCUCCAUCCCCAUGGUCAAUCUCUCCCUGCAGCCCCUCAGGAAGGAGUCCACAGCCGGGCGGCGCAGGCAGAUGUUCCCGGGCUGUGUUUACACUGUGUGAUGUAGAUGUUUUAGCAGUCAUCCUAGAUGUUCCCCACAGAGCGCUCGGGCCAGCCCGGAUGGCACCGAGCACAGCUCUGUUUUGCCGGCUCCGACGCUGGUAUGUGCUCCCCACGCCACAGUCCGGAGCCACUCUGGUCCCCACAGCCUCUGUCACCAGGGCUGUGUCCUUACCAAGAGGUGAGAGGGACAUCUGGAAGGACUGGGAUACCACCCGUGUGUCUCUGCAGCGUGGCGUGUGCGUGGGCGCAAGUGUAGCCACCAAAGACCAUGAUCCUUCACUCUUGCACUCACGGCAGUCGAUGUACAGAGCUUGUAGUUUUCAUAUCGCAGAGAAUUUCAAAGCGUUUUUUUUAUUUUUGGUCGUUGUACAUAAUGGGUUUAAAUAAUAAAGAGAGAUUCCGAGCUGGUCUAGGGGAGCAUCUUUCGGUGUCGGCACCCCUAGUGCCCUGCCGGUGGGGAUGGGAUGGAGCAGGGGACACACCACAGUUCCCCUCCUGCUUAAAAGCUGGAUCCGAUCCUGGCUCUCCCUGGCACCAGGAGCAGCAAAGGCGUCCUGGGGUGCCCAGCGAAUGCCCCUCCCCAGUCAUAGAAACAUCAUAGAAUCAUGGUAUGGUUUGGGUUGGAAGGGACCUCAAAGCCCAUCUAGUGCCACCUCUGGAUCAUCUCCCACUGGCUCAGGGGCUCCAAGCCCCAUCCAACCUGGCCUGGAACCCCUCCAGGGAUGGAGCAGCCACCACUGCUCUGGGCAACAUGGGCCAGGGCCUCCCCACCCUCACAGCAAAACAUUUCUCCCCAAGAUCUCAUCUCAAUCUCCCCUCUUUCAGCUCAAAACCAUUCCCCUCG